CGUAACUCACAAGAGAAACAUCACAUGUUGUAAAUAGCAAAUUCAUUAGCGACGUAUGCUGCUCUGAUUGGUGGAACUCAGAGUACAUACAGAGAAUGCGUGGUUGGAUAUUCUCGAAUGCAACGUACUUAACUACGCUACAUUAAUUUCAGGAGUGCGAAAUUUUGUCCUGAUUCUACUAGUUGGUUUGAAUGUUUCUCAACAUAUGAAAUUGACGAUUGGUGGAUUAUUGCUGCGCAUUGUGUACAAAUUGUCAUCAGAUUUUUCACGCCACAUCUCGUUCGCUUGCUCACUCGCGCGAAAAAGCAACAACGAUUUUUCGACGUGACUCCCUUUUGUGCUUUCCUUUAUUGAUAUCCUUCGUUAGCGUGUUCUUUCCUGAAGAUGCUUACCGAAAGCACAAAUGAACAGGAAUACAAAUCUACUGGGCCAGCGUCCGUCAUGCAAACGGAGAUGGUUGAGAGCAAGGAGGAUACCGAGAGCACGAGGAUGCACGUCAGAGAAGAAUUUGUCGAAAUCUUAAUGUCGUCGAAUGUAGCUAGAGACUCGACGAAAGGGAUUGAACCCACGAAGAAACAGGCUAGGAUGAUCAGAUUGAUUGAGGGAAGAAUGAACAAAUUAUUCACGGAUAAACUCAACUCGGAAGAUGCAAAAUCCGACGACACUAUAGCUCUCGCACAAUCCUAUUUACAUAUUUCUCAAAUAUACAACGACGUCAUAUGGAAAGACACAUCCGAAGCUUAUUUGUUACGAGCUUUGGGAUUAUUAGAGGGCAGAGAAACUACUCGCAAGGCUAUCUUGACAGCUAUGAAAGUGCACAACUGCUUAGGCGCUAUUUACACUGAUUUAAAAAAUCCAAAGAGAUCUUUAUCGUUUUAUGAGAAAGCAUUCCUGCUUUACUGGACUUACACAAACAAAAAGGAUUCAUAUCCUGCACCUAUCGAUAUUCUAUACGUAUUUGGCGUUGUCACAAAAGAGUUUCAAAGCGGAUACUCGUUGGAUUCGCAAUACAUGUUAACUUUAACGAAGUUGAUACAACUGCAUACACACAUGGAUGAGCAUCAAUCGAUUACUAUAAUAUAUCAGCAUAUGUUAUUGCAAAAACAGGUGAGAUUAAUACCGUUAACUAUAGGCCGUACUGAAUGGGCUCUGAAAGCGGCGACGAUAUCCGAAUAUCUUUCCAUGCACAAUCGAUUUACGGAAGCUAGAAGUCACUUAGGUAUCGCAUUUUAUAUGUUGAACAAAUUUUAUCGAGACGAAUACGGGAAAAUCGAUGGGACCAAAUUUCCCGAGAUAAAAACUUCUUUGUAUAAUCAAUACAGAAACGCGGCCGCCUAUACUAAUAUAUAUGCAGCGCAGUAUGGUAUCGCGCUUUUACGUUCGUCGAAGGAUCGACAAUUUGAAGAGGAGAACAAACAGCGUGAAACAAAAUCGGAAUCCUUAACAACGUUCGAGCAAAAAUUACCAGACUUCCUGGUGUUUACCAGUACAAGCAAUGUUGAAGAAGAAUUUAAUAUUUGGAUUACAGAUAAGUAUCUUGCAAAUUACAAUGAUGCCAAAGCUGUAUUUUCGAAUGUUCUAAGAUGUCUUAAUGAAGUAUGGUCUUACAAAAUCAACAUGAUUUACCCAGAGAUACAAAUAGAUAUUCUAUUAAAAAUGUCCCAAGCAUGUAGAUAUUUAGCAUGUUAUGAACAGAAUGGAAAUAAGCAGGUGAUGUUGCAUUUGUGGCGAUUGGAUAUUUUAAAAAAUGCUACAAAGCUAUUCAAUAAAGAUAAUAAGAAACAUGAAAAGCUGAUUUUGCUUGAGUUAGCAGUUACUCAUGUAACUGUAUUGGAUAUAUACUUAGAUGAGUUACACUUUUAUCAAAAAUCAAAACCAGAUUCUUCACCAAAUAUGAGUCAUUAUGUGAAGAAUGCUUUAGUCAAUUUCAUGUCGUAUUUAGAUCUGGCUUGAUAAUUUCAAUGAAUAAAUGAAUAUUUUAAUGAAUAGAUGAAUAUUUUAAUGAAUAAAUGAAUAUUUUAAUGAAUAAAUGAAUUAAUUGGAUGAUAGGAAUAUAAAUCAUGUCUCUUAUAACUUACAACAAAAAUGUAUACAAGAUAUUAUCCAUUAUUGUUGCACUGAUAUUCCUAAAUCAUGCAAGGCUAUUCAUUCUCUGUAUUAUUGUAAAAUAUAUAAGUAUAGUUACAUAUAUAACUAUAUAUAUAUAAUGUUAUAGUUAUUCGAGUUACUCACACAGAAGAAAUAUUCAAAAUAUAUCACUGGGAUAUCUUGAAGAUAUCUAGGAUAUUCUUGUAAUAUGCUUUGAACAUUUCUGCUUAUGUGUGGAUAUAUAUAACUCUAUAUAUAUCAUAUUAUAUUAUAGUUAUUAUAGUUAUAUAUAAUUAAACAUUGCAACAAAAAGAAAUAUAAAUGUGAAAAUUAUAAUAAACCUUAGUGUCUCGAUUG